AUGUUGGCAGUUUUCUUUAAAUUACGUGCUGGUUGUGAUUUCAGUUAUGCUCUGCAGUUAGUGGGUUAUGAUAAUGCCAAUAAAGUGGAUUGUGAGGCCUGUCAAGCUAAAUGCGGUAGUACUGGUGUUGGUCCCAUAAGACCACCAGGUCGUCCACAGGGCAAAACCUCCAUUCCUUGUGUUACAGCACCUACGCCUAAGCCAACACCUAAGCCUUCGACUCCUUGUUCUGAAGAACCACCUACUCCAUAUCCUCCUACUGCGUCCCCACCUACAUCAUUACCCCCUACAGCACCAACACCUUGUCCCGAAGAACCGCCAACUCCAUUGCCACCUACAGCAUCUCCGCCUACAGCCCCAACGCCUUGUUCUGAUGAACCACCAACUCCAGCUCCUCCUACUCCGUCCCCACCUACACCAUCACCCCCUACAGCACCAACACCUUGUCCACAGGAAGCGCCAACUCUAUCGCCACCUACAGCAUCAACACCCUGUUCCACCACCACCUCAACGCCACACAAACCCACUCCAUGUCCUACCAAACCAACACCCUGUCCAUCAUCGGCAGGUGAAGGCGGCAGUGAUAAUCCACAACUACAGCCACCAAUUACCGGUCCUUCGGGUAUAAGUUGUGCCAAUUCUGGAAAUUACAGGGUCAAAGCGAUGGUGCCAUAUUCGCAGAUAAAUCCAACAGCGGUUUCAUUGUCUGCCAAUGUCAGUGUGAAAUCAAAAUGCCUUGCCCAGCUGGUUUGGUAUUUAAUGAACGCCUACAAGUCUGUGAUUGGCCACAAUCUUAGAGAUUAAUUAAAGUCGGGUAUUUGAAAAAAAAA